UCUUGACACUGAUCAGUUUUAAAAUAGAUUAUGCAGGCGACAUGCUUGUAAAAUGGCGUCGGUGCACAGGAGAGUCCUCCGGUUUUUCUCGUGUUUCUCCAUGUUUCUGGUGGUCGAAAUUUACCAAGUGGAUUCUAUAACCGCACUAAAAAUGUACCAAGUGCUGGCGUGUCCACAAAAUAAAACCGAAUGGCAAAGAGCUUCCGACAGGCUAAACUGUACAGAUGACGACACCCACCCGAUCAACAAGUACCACUGUCUGCCAGAUAAUAGUUUGACGCAAUUGCUGGAAUUUUGUUACAGUGAAACAAGGCCGAGAGUUCUGAGAGACAACUGCAUGGUCCUGAUACCGUCCAAAAACAUUUUGAAUACCUACAACUGUGAUACAUUUGAUGAUGGUUGUCCAAAAAUGGACUAUUUCAGUGACGAGAGUUAUAAAUACCCAAGGUGUUUGGAAAUUGACCCCACACAACACUGUUACUUAGCGGAGUCUUCUUGCAAAACGACUACAAGAGCCGAUGAUAGUUACACAGUCACUGCAUCAUAUAAUGAAACUCAAUCGAAUCCACCCAAUACAAAGAACGAUCAAACGAUAGCAAUAAUUGUUCCAGUUAUGGUGGCAAUAUGUAUUGGAAUAGGAUUACUCAUCUUUUACCUUCUGUGGAAGAAACGGCAACGGCAGAAAGAUACUGCACCAAUGCAUGAUGAAGACAACCCUCUUCUGGAUCUACAGGGAGAAUUAGCAGCUGAAAUAGAUAAUCUAGGGAUUGACUUUCUUUUACAACGUUUGCCAGAGGACAAAACCUUAUUUCAUGGCAUUGCGAAGAGGCUGAAUAUACCAAGGGAAAUCCUGUUUUGGAGUGAAGACAAUAUUCAAAAGUUUGUAAAUAGCAUGAAAGACGGGCGUAUCCAUGUUUACAGCGGGAGAGGGAUGGUGAUAGGGUGUGCCGAAGCAGGAAAGACAACCCUCGUUAAAAAACUGAAAAAAGAAAAACAUCUUGAAACACAACCAACACAAGGAAUAGAGAUACACACUCAUGUCUUCAAGCUCGAUCAAAAAGAGUCAACAAUUAUAGCGUGCAGAGACGCUGAGAGGGAAGCAACAUGUCUUAGCCUUACACCAAUGACAGUAGACCAACAAGAAGGAAGGAGUACAAGAAACUCGCGUGUUGUUCAUGAAAACGUGGAAGGUCCUUCACAUGAAGCACAAAAGAAGAAAACGAAAGUGAUGUCAAUUACUUCGAUGGGCGCAAACAAUGAAUUUGUUGCUGAAGCUGAUUCUAGUCAGGAGAGAGUUACAAAAGAUACAAAUUCACUCUCUGAUAUCUCACACGAGUCUCCAACUGAAACCUUGACAGUAUUGCAAGACGACGAGAAUUUGAGUCAAAAAUCUUUACCGGAAGUUGAUUCAAGCAAAUGUUUUGCCUUUGUGAGCAAUGAGAAUUUUAAAUUGCUUAGUCUUUUAGACUUUGCUGGUCAGAGCGCCUACUAUGCUUGUCAUCACAUAUUCUUCAGUCCACGGGCGUUUUACAUCCUUGUCGUUGACAUGUCUAAAGGUUUAGACGAUGUUGCUGAGAAGGCGUGCGAGAGACAAGAUCUCAUUUACAGUCAUUGGACAUACGCAGAUUAUGUUCGAUACUGGUUAGGGUCCAUCCAUACAUACAGUUCUGAGUCGGCCCCUGCUAUCGUCGUUGCCUCGCAUUCUGAGCACAUUGUAAAGGAUGAAAAGAAGCAGGAACUCGAGAGAUAUUUCCGUAGACUCUGUGAACACCUUCCAAAAAAGCUAAUGGGGCAUUUAGAUAAAGAACGAGUCUUCUCUGUGGAGAAGGAAUCAGACAUAAAUAUGGAAGAAUUAAAAAGAUGCAUUGCAGAAACUUUGAAAUCACAGAGCCAUUGGGGCGAAUUUGUCCCAAUGGCUUGGUCGAAGUUGGAAUCGAUCAUGAGGAAACUCGGGGAAACCUGCAAAAUCAUUCUGUUUAAAAAGCUGUGGGAGAUGGUCCAAAAAAUACAUGAUGUACCCAUCAAUAGCGAAGAUGAGCUCCUGACUGCUCUAAGAUUUUUCCAUGACACAGGGGUGGUGCUUUUUCGAAAAGAAAUAGAAAAUAUCAUCAUACUAGAUGUGCAGUGGCUUGUUGAUGCAUUUCAGUGUAUUGUUAUGGAUGAAAGACAUACAUGUAUUGAUAAAGAACAUUUCGCUGAUCAGAAUGUAUUGAAUGAUCAUGGUUUGUUGUCGAACAAGUUGCUCGAUGCUUUGUGGGGAAGCAUUAAUUACAAACAGCACAAAAGAAGUUUAAUUGCUCACAUGAAACACCUUGGUAUGUUGGCAGAGUUGAAUCAAAAUCGGUGGUACGUUCCUUGUAUGAACAAACAAAAAUAUUCUGACGAAAUCCUAGCAAACUGCGAGGUAUCUUCAACACUUUGCUUUGUGUUUGAAUUUCUGCCAUUUAUUGUAUUUCAUCGCCUUAUUGUUGCAUGCAUAAACAAACUAAAAUGGUCAACCUGGAAAAGAAAAACAGAAUGCAUAUUCCAUACUGUAGCUGUACUCGAACAUAACGAAUGCAAGAAUCAUAGAAUACUGAUCGGCAUAAGUGAAAACAAAACCUAUUCAAAAGGAAACCAGUAUCCUUACUCCAUCGAAAUUCAAGCUUUUGUGACAAAAACAAGAAGAUUAGAUAGGAGUCUUUGUUUCAAAAUACAGCAAAGUGUCCGUCAUAUCCUCUUCAAUCUUACACAAACAUUGCCUAUAGAUAAGCUGCACUUUCAAGUUGGAUACAGGUGUGUGAUAAAACCCUUCAUUGACAACCCACCAAGCCAUAUCAUAUUGGAGGAAAAUAUGGAAAAAUCUGACCUUGAUUGUUCAGAAUGUUCACCUAUUCAUACAGUGGACAUCAAAUCCAUUGUCGAGUUCUGGAAGGGCAUGUCGGAGGAGGAGGUGAAGGGGAAAGGUGAAAAGAAUCAUCCACCAGAAAUGGAACCCCAAGAGAAGAUUGCUAAGGAAAUGCUUUUACUUCCGUUUGUACAAGAAUUGUCUCCUAUAUCCAUUCCCAAUGUCUACAAUGUGAAUCAUAUUGCUCAUGUUACAUCUGAAAAGAUAUGGUUGAGUGACAGGAAGCACGUUAUGAAAAUCGAUCACAGUGGUCACAGUUUGGAGAGUUUUCGCAUCGACGAUAUCUGGGGAAGUGCAUCACAUACAGCAGAAAAAGAUGGAAAUAUUCUGUAUAUCAAAAACGAUCAUCAGGUGAUCAGAGCUACGAAGGAUGGAAACGAACAAACUCUGCUAACACUAGAGUGGACAAUUUUGAGUAUCUACGCAUCUCAGUUAAAUGGAGACAUAUUACUGGGAAUUUAUAUUUUGAUAGAGAAGGGUUCACAGACAAGACUUGCAAGAUACUCUAGAAAUGGACAGUUGCUGUCCGAGAUCGAAUAUUAUGAAGACAAGAGAUUGUAUGUAUCUCCAUUAUAUUUAUCAGAGAAUAUAAAUGGGGAUAUUUGCACUGCCGAUAUCGAUACAUGCUUAGUAAAAGCAGUAGAUAAAAAAGGGAUACUGCGAUUUUCAUACGAUGGCCAACCACAACACUCUGAGUUCUUUCCAACUGGAAUUUGCAACGAUGUUCUUGGUCACGUGAUUGUGUGCAAUCGUCAUGAUUCAAAUCCAAGCGUUCAUUUACUUGAUAUGAAUGGGCAAUUUUUGUCCAUUAUCCUAACGGAAAAGGAAGGCGCCGUGGAUCCAUGGGGACUUUGUGUGGAUGACAAGGGGAACUUAUAUUUGGGUCAACAUAACUGUGCAACUGUUAGAGUAUAUAAGUAUCUUCAACAGAACUAGAUAUCAAAGGAAUGCCGCUGUCGUCUGGUGCUGUCGUCUGUAUACUAGCAUAAAGACUGAAGUGUAGCAAGGCACAUUCUGCGUAGACAUUUUUGAAUUUUAGACAGCAAAUUUAGCAGACAGCCAACAUGGACAUGGCAACAAGCAAAUAUUUGAACAAAAUUGACGUUUUCUUUUAAUAUAACCCUUUUGUAAAACAUUAAAACAAAGGUGCUAGGAAUACAAAAAAGCAAACUGUGGGCAUCAAUUAAUGAUAAUUUCCUGUGUAUCUUUCUGCUAGCAACAAAAAGUUUAAAACAAAAAUGACAUAUGCAUCUUUAUAUAGAAAGGCACCAUUGAUAUAUUUUGGUGAUAGAAAAUCAACUUUGUGCGUAAUUUUUUGAAAUUAUUAAAUGCCCUGCUGGGCAUCAUUUAACGAUAAUGUGUAUCUUUCUGCUAGCAACAAAAAGUUAAAAACAAAAACGGCAUAUGCAUCUUUAUAUAGAAAGGCACCAUUGAUAUAUUUUGGAGAUAGAAAAUCAACAUUAUGCGUAAUUUUUGAAAUUAUUAAAUACCCUGCUGUGUGAUACAUUUGUAUUUGAUUGACACAUGUUACCAUGACAACAAUCUAGAUGUUAUAGUUUUAGAAUGAUGUUUGUCAGUUCAGUAUAAAGAUUGUGUAACAUUUGUUUUGUCGUAAUCCUAUCUGAGUCAUUAAAAAAACGAAACGUC